ACCAGCCAAGCUCAAACAGGAUGUAUGUUGCAGAUAUAUCUUCUCACUGGGCAUGAGACAAUUGUUAACCCACAGAUCGGGGUCGAAGCUGGAUAGCUGUGCCCUGUCCGAGCAUUGGCUGCUCAGGUGGGAAGAGCCCAGCAUUCAGUGAAGGAAGUAGUCCAGUUUUCCAUUUUUCUGCAGCCUCACUAGAGAAAGGAGGAGAGAAAGGAGGAGAGAAAGGAGGAGGGAGGAGGCACAUCAGCACUUCCUGCGGGUAGGGACUGCUUCAACUUCCAUCUGUUGGCCGGUGGUCAAUUGACUGCAGAGGCAGACUGUACAAAGGCUUUGGUUCACCUCGUUCUUUGGAGGGGUGCUGCUUCUUUCCAUCCACCCAUUUGUCCAUUUGCUCAUCCGCCCAUCCACCAUUUGCCCAUUUGCUAAUCUGCCCAUCCACCUAUCGGCCCAUUUGCCAAUCUGGCCAUCCUCCCAUUUGCCAAUCUACUCCUUUGCCCAUCCACACAUCCGUCUACUAGCCACCCAUCUGUUGUUCUGUGAAGGGGGUCCAAUGGGCCAUCCAGGAGGCAAGUCUGGGUUGGAAGAAAAGAAGGGUGAAGAGGAUGAAGAUGUGGGAUGCCAGAAGCAAGGUGUAGGGAAUGGAAUUGCAAGAAGUGGUGACCAUAAUGAUGGGGAAGGUGCUGUCUUCAGUAAAAGGACAGAAGAGGGUGUAGAGGAGGCUGCUGUGGAGGGUAAUGCGGAAAUGGCUCGUGGAGAAGACAGUCCUUACACGUUGACAGGAGCACAGGGUGAAGAGGCUGGUAGUAAACUCGAGUAUGCCACCAACGUGAGUGACCCAGGGAUGGCGCAUGAUGACUCGCGCGCUGGCAGCAGUGACACACGAAGCAGUGUUCAGACCAAUAGGAAUGGGAAACUGGACUCGGAAGGUGGUCAUGAUGGAGAUGCAAAGGACAUUGGCAAGGACAGCAGUGUUAAUUCUGACAAACCUGGCUCAAAUACUGACAACAGAUGCGCAGAAGAUCCUGAUGGACACAACAAUGCACCUGGCCUUAUUGCUGACAGUAUCCCUCACAGAAAUGUCGGAAAUGAGUCUGCAAAUAUCGAUCUUGGCACUCCCAACAGUUCAUGUGUCAUGCAAUCUGGCACAAUCAGCAUGAUCAGCAAAGGUCGAGAUGAUGGUGUCAGGGCAAGGGUCAUGGGAAUGAGGGUGGAUGGUGGCUUUGGGAAUGAGCACGGUCUGUCUGGAGAUUGCAAUUCAGAUUCUUGUUCAAAACCAGAUUUGGUGAAAGCUGACGCAGCAAUGGGGAGUGUUCUCAGUGUGAUUAGUGAAUGUUGUGAAAAUGUGAAGGAUACGAGUACAGUGGAUGGCGAGUGCGGAAAUGAUAACGAUACGAGUGUGAUGGAUGACAAUCUGUGUAGAGCAUCCAAUGUCUCUGGUGCUGGCUGUGGCGUCCAGCGUAGGGGUAUCAGAUUAACUGGUGAGAGAGCUGAUGGCAAGGAGGCUGCCUGCCAUAUGGUAGAGGUGAAUGCGGAUACAGUGAUGGGGACUGUAGUUGCGUCUCUGAUAUGUGAAUCCGAGGAUUUCAAGGCAACGGGUGCAUUGGAUAACAAUGUGGGUACAAUAUCAGAUAUCUCGGUUGCUGAUUGUCUGGUUAUCAGGGAACAUUCUGACAGAGGUGGAGGCCAGGUAGCUGAUUGCAGCACAGGUGUCUUUAGUGUCAAUGGGGUUGGUACAAGUGUUCUGCGUGAUGAUAGUGAAGGUUUAGCCAGUGGAGAUGGUGCGAGUUCUGGCAAGGUUGAUCUUGCUGGAGUUGCCUGUAUCAGGAGUCUUAGUGGUGAAAAUGUUGCUAGUGAAGAAAGAGAAGCAGGUUCUGGGAGUGUCCAGCUUGCCAAACGGAUAAAUGAUAAGGACAGUGUGGGUUGUUGUCAAACCAUCCCUGAUGCUAGCGUAGCCCUCCCUGUGUCUGAUGCUGGUGUAGCCCCUGCCCACGGAGGGAUUCCCACAAAAGGUGGAAUUGAUGCCGAUCCAACUGCUGUUGGGGAAAACGAGGAGUCCAAAAGUUUGGAGGAUGCAGCUGAUACUCUUCUGGCAGGCAUGAACAGCAGAGGGGCAUCUAGGGUGACCUUACCCAAUGGUGAGAGCCUUGAGCAGACGAAAGGUCCGGGGUUGAAUGUAGCGAAGGCAGCUCUGAGUUUGCAGACGAUAGAGAACGGGAAGAAUGCACCUGGAAAGGCUGCUGGGGCGAUGGAGGUGGCAGAUGCCAAUGAGAGCGAGAAAAUCCGUGAGGUGGCUGCUCAAGUGAGGGAUGGGGCUGACGGGACUGCAACUGAGGACAACCCUACGGACUCUAUGGAGCCUGUGAGUACAGGCCAGAAGACAGGGAAGAAUGAGGCAGUCCUCUGUGGCAAGCCCUCUCAAGAUAGCGCGAUGGUUUGCCUUGGUGAUGAUGGAGAUGGUGAUGGCGGAAAGGAACAGACGGCUGCUGAUGUGGCAGGUGCUGUCCCUGGUGAUACAGUCGAGGGGACUGUGGUUCAUGGGGACAGAUUUGUCCCUGACCCUCAGCAGCUGAUGGAUCCCAGAGUUGAUGGGAGGGACCAUGCAUGUGGAGUUGAUAGCAGUGGUGGUAUUCCUCUAAUGGCUAUCAAUAAUAAGAGUAGCACUGGUGAUGAGACUGACAGUCUUCGCGAUAACAGUGUGAACGAUAGGAACUCAUGUGGUGACGGUAGUGGUGGCGGCGGUGGCGGUAAGCAGUUCAGUUCUUGCACAAGUAGUGUGAAUGAUGGAGAUCAAGUGGAUACCAGCAAUGUAAAUAAGACUUCUGCUGGGUCAGCUGGGAAGAGGGGUAGUAUUAGCUAUGGUGAUGUCGACCCCAAGCAAGUCCCUCCAUGCAAUAGUAGUGACAGUCAAAUGGGUGGUGAUGGAGUUAGCGUGAGUCAAUUAACCUCGGGAAAUAGGUGUGAGAGGGGUGUUGAGAGCGGGACCGGCAGCGGUGCUGCAAUGUUUCUUGGCAUGGCUGUGGCAGGCAGCCAAGAAUGGACUGUUCUCGAUGUCCCUAGAGUGGAGGGUCUCUGUGACAAUGCUCUAUCCGCCGAUGCAAUGAUGCAACAUGGAUUUGCUAUGAUGCAUGAUGAUAAUGCGAUUGACAGUGGUGAUGGUGUUGUUGGAGAUUCUGACAAGUGCACCGGAGUUGAACAUGCCCAUUGUGGAGACGGUGAUGCUGCCUUGGGAAAGAACGGGCAAACUCAGAGACCUGUCAAGAGUGGGAGUAGGGGAACCUGUUUGACAGGUUCAGUGAAGGGGUUUGCUGUAGAUAGUGCAGGAAGGGGUGGUGGUAGUCGCAACUCCUUGUGUGUGGAGGUGGCUCGCUGUGGAGAUGAUGUUCAAGGGGCUAUUUAUAGUGCAAGUCAUGUUGAAGCUGCAUCAGUAAUUCAUAAUGAUGGGAGUGCAGGCAUUGACAGCAUUGCCAGUAUUUCAACUGGGUAUUUCAGUGACAGUUGUAGGGGUCAGGGCAAGCUGCCCCGUGUUCAUCCAGAUGACGCUGGCAACGGAGUUUGUGAUCAGAGGAGCUUGGGAAGUAACGAGGCUGGCUGGAACGGUGUCGCUGGAUGCGCUCAGGAUGCUGGUCCUGCAACAGGUAUUUGCAGUGAUGACGGGGGAGCGACAUUUUCUCCAAAUGGUACCGUCAACACUGGAAGGGAAGCUCUGCAGGAAGACAAAGCUACGAGUGGGCAUGUUCCAGAAAACAAUGACGCAGAAGCAAGGGGAUGUAGCGGCGGUGAAGUCACUAACAGAGGUAGUAGUGUUGGCAUGGUUCUUUCCUUGAUACACAUUGUUGCUGAAUGUGGUGAAGGGGUUAUGAAACAGGGCCCUGCAAAUGGCGAUGGUGUGAUGUGCCACAACACCAAGGCCACGGAACAAGGAGCUGCUGUGAAUGGGCUUGUUUCAAUGCCAGACAGAAAAAGAUUAUGCGCAGACCGCAGUGAACAAGUAUCGCUUGCACGAGGGCAUGCUGAGCCUGAUGCAUGGAGGCAUGCCUCUGCUGCAGCCUCGUCCUCUCCCACCCAGGAUUUGCAAAUCGUUAAUUGCCAAACGUGUGUGCCAGCAGCAGCUGAACUUGCAAGCAAUGCUGAUGAAGGUGCUCAUUUAGAGGGAAGCUGUGUUACCCCCUCUAUAGGAGAUUCUGCUAUUGCUGAUGUGGAUGAAGGGGCAACUGCACAGGGGCGUGAUGUGCUUGAUGAAGGUAAGUCCGCGUUGUCGGCAGUCGCUGUCUCGCUCGACCAUGAUGUUCUUGUUAUGGGCUCCCCAACGCAGGCGUUAGGUGGUGAACAUGCAACACCUUUCUUGGAAGGUUGUCGUCCAACGAGAAAUGCCAAAGGUGUGGAUGAAGGCGAGGUCAGACUGACAGAACAUGGGUGCAUUGGAGAUCCCAAUGAUGGUGUUGCCAAAGGCAACGAUGAUUCAUUGUUGCUGGACAGCCAUGCUCCCUUGAGGUCCAGCGGUGACAAUCGAGUUCGCAAUCGUAACUGCAUGGAUGGUGCCCCUUGUAAUGAAGAUGGCAAGGCUCAGCAAUGUACUGCUUGCGAAGUUGUCAGACCCAGCGUCCUUGCCUUGCCUUGCAGUCAGGAAGGUAUUUGUGAUCCCAGCAAGUCAGCCACUGGCUUCUCUCAACCUCCCAAGCGGAAUGAUGGAGGACUGGUUGGGAUCAAUGGUCGCCACAAUUCAGUUACUUGUGAUCAGAUUGUGAUUGUGAGGCAACAUAGGGCUCCUGGUGCGGAGGAAUCGCCUGAGGCUGGCACAUCUGGUUGGUCUGACACUGUUGUGACUGCUUGCCUGAACGAGUCUGGUACAGACUUCCAUGCUUCCAAAGUGAAGGAAGGUGAACUGGUCUGUGCUGUCAACUGUGCUGACGGUGCUGCCAGUGAUCAUAAGAACCAUGCAGGCAACGGACAUUCUGGCAACGAUGGUGCUGCUGGAGCUGCCAGGUCCUUGUUGCACUAUACACAAAUUGAUCGCCAUCACAGCAACUUGGGAGUCCAUUGCGCUUGUAAGCCUGGCAAUCACAAGCCGCUGAAUGACUGUGAGUUUGCCAAUGAUGGUGCUGGCAGCGGUAAUUGUAUCGGGCAUGCAGAUUGCACUGGUGGUAGUGAUGCUGAUUGUCAGCGAGAAGACUAUGCUGCUGUAAGUUUGACAGGUGCUUUAGUCAAACCUACUCCUGAAGGUCAAGAUGUUGGAGAUCUGAAGGUCUUUGGCAAUGGUGAUACUGGCAAUCUCAACAGUGAUAAUAUCGGAGAAGGUGACAGGAGGCCUCAACCCUGCAGUGGUGGAAGUGGCACAUGUGUUGCUGGUAGUUAUGCCCCUGAUGUGAGCAGUGGAAGUGGGAGGGAGAGUGAUGCUUCUGUUGCAGGCAUCAUUGAUUGUAGUGAAGUGUGUGCCGAUGAUAUCCCCAUGGCAGUUGAUGGUUGUCGUGAUACUCAUGUUCCGCUUGUGUUGGGAGGACAAGGGGAUUCUGUGGUUGCCCGGCUGACCGAAGGAUAUGGGAGGAGCAGUGCUGAUGAUGGCAAGAGGAAUGAACAUGUUCGUGGUGGUGGCACACCCAUUCGUUAUGCCUGCAACAACCUAUCUGGGAAGUCUGAGGACCUCUGUGACCAGAAGUGCAAUUCUACUGGUCAAAUCCUUGGAGCAAUGACAGAAAUUGCCAAGCGUGAGGAGAAGCCUUCAGGAGUAGGUGGUGGACAGGAUGACGAUCUUGGUGAUGAUCAUGUCGCAACUCAUGCUGGAGAGGCUCAAGGGAAGAGUGAUGGGGGGGAUGUAGGAGAGGAUGCGGGAUGUGGGAGAAGCAGUGGUCCACGACCAGUUGUAAAAGAUGACAAUGCGGGGGAGGAGCCUUCUUCAGGAGGUGGUGGCCACGGCGAUCUUCUUAGAGAUUGCCUCUCAUGUCACGACCUUGUCAUUAGUCUUUUUGAAAAUGCUGAAUGUAACUGUGCUGCGAAUGUGCCAACUGGUGAAACCUGUGGAAGGGGGAACAGCCAUGGGCUAGAGCUAGAGUUCGAUGAGGCUGUUAAUCGGCCUCCGGUGGGAGAUGGGUGCCAUGUUGCCACACUUGGGAACGGCCUUGCCAAGAGUCAUGCAAGAGACAGUGAAAAGGAGGGCAGUGCAAGCCGUGGUGAGGCGUGUAAGAGUAGUUGCAGUUCUGAGCCUGCUAUGAGUGUUGACAGGCCGGUAGAGGAUUCUGUUCUCCAGGGUGGUGACCAUGAAGGAGGCAUUCCUCAAGAUUGUUGUAUCUUCGGUGAUGUUGUUACGAGUUCUUCCUGGGAUGCUGAAAGAAAGUCCCAAAAUUCAGAUAUACAGCAAAAUCAGAUAUGCAAGAAAAGGAUGAAAAGUAACAGUCCUGAGCCAACUGUAAAGGGUGAUAAGGCUGUGGAGGCGCCUUCUCUUGUGGGUGGUACUGUUGAGUAUGUCCCAUCUUUUGAUCCUUUUUGCAUUAGUCUAGGUGGAGACCCUGAAGCGAAAGGUGCUGUGGAUGUGCAUCCAUGUUGUGAAGAAAGGGGCGACCUUGUGUCUAUCAUAAAAGCUGAGGAGAGCAUAGUGGAGCCGUCAGUUGGAGCGAACGGCAUUCUUGCAGAUGAUUCUCCAGGAAUUUCUCCAGAAAAUUGUGGUGUGGAUGUACACACCAGGCGAGAGUGUGAGAGGAUUGUCACCCCUGUGCAGGUUGAAGUUGCCAACACUAAUGUUGAGUUGGCCCCUCUGAGGGCAGGCGAUAACGUUGCUGUUCUUCGAGAGAAUCCCAUAUUUGACGAUCCUGCCACAAGUCCAUCUAGAAUAGGAGCUGAUUUGGAUGUACUACCUGGAUGUGAGCUUAGUACCCUUGGAGCUGGUGAUUACGACGAGGCAGCAGACACCAAGUUCCUCUUUGUCCGUGUUGAUGACAGGACCAUUAAUCCCCUUGGCCAUGAUGGUGCGCUUGGUGAGAGGCGUGCUCCCAGUCUUCAUUCCUGUCAAUCUCGGAGAACAAAGAAGCAUCAGAACUCGUUUGGCAGCAUUGAACAUGGAGGUGCUGGCUCUCUUUGCCUGCAUCCAGACACACUUGAAGAAGUUCCAAGGACGGGCGCCGUUGCAAGCAAGGAUGACAGUGACAAUGUGUCUGUUACUACGCAUGCUCAGACUCCGGCCAUUGACAGUGCUAGUGCAGCCACUGCCACCGCUGCUGUGAUGGGGAAUGUGGGUGGUGCUAAUGGUGGUCAAAGGGAGAGUGAUCUUAUAUUUAAUGCAGGUCCUACAUGCUGGUCAGUGAAUACGGAUGGUAUGUGUGCGCCAUAUGUCCAACCUGCGAACAGACAGCAUGAUGGUGGAAGACAUAAUCAUGGCAGUGGCGAUAGUGGUGAGGAUGCCAAAGCCUGUGUCGCUGGAGCUGCCAGCGAGCUUGCCUAUGAUGGAGUAGCUCAGGAGAGUGACAUUCCCACUGGUGGCCUGCAGAGAACUGUACAUGAAGAACGGAGCAAAUUCUGUAGGACUGGAGUGGAAUUGAUUAGCAAUAGUACAGGGCGUGCUUUUGUUGGGGAGAAUGGUUGUGGCAAGAUAAGUAAUGGGAAUGUGGGCUCUGGGAGUGAGAGCGGGUUAGAGAAGCAUGUAUCAGUGAACAGCGUGGGUAAUGGUAUUUGUGUGCAACGAUCCAGAGGUAAAGGUUUGCACGUAUUUUUGUCCGUGAAAGAUACAAGCGCUGUUGAAGGGGGGCAAAAGGGUGGAUUGGGACAAACUGGGGGUUGUUGCUCAGUAGAUGCUUCACAGAGGAUGUUGUCCAUUGCCCCCUCUUUCUCUGUGCGCCUCUGUCCAUCUUUGAAAGACGGUACGAUUGUUAUCAACUCUCGCCAUGGCUCUACCGUUCUUUCACAAGCUGUGGAGAACGACAAUCAUACAAUCAGUGGGCGAGAUGAAAAAGGCAUUGGAGUUGCUGCUGAUGAUGGAGACGAUGGUGUAGAAGUUAGGGGUGAGUGCCACAGCUCUGUUUACCCAGUUGCCCGAGACCUUGUUUCUGUAGAGAGGUCUGAUACCAAGGGCCACGAUUCCGAAGCUGCAGAAGCCGACCAACAGCACGAACUGAAACAACAAGCAGCAUGUACAGUGGAUGAUUUGAAUAAGACAGUGUCUAUCCCCUACAAAUUCCAAUUGCGUCUGUAUGCAUCGUCAAAGGAAGCACAGGCUGCAGCAGCGCAUUGUGUCCGGUCUCUGGAAAGGAAUCGACCGGCCAUUUGGAAGCAGAUUGGCAAAAAUCGUCGGUCCAAAUCUCCUGGAGCAGUGGCACUUCACAGUAUGCCUAUCUACAGGAGCUGGUUCCAGAAAAGUGUGCUAGGCCAUGUAGAGAAGGGUCAUUGCGAGGUGGAUGUUGUGGUAGAGGAUUGGGAGGGCAGCAGAUGGGGCAUGACAUGGCACCAUCGUAAAAGUGUGUUGCUGAAUGGGUGGGCAAACCUGAUGAACUUCCAUUCACUUGCAUUUGGAGAUUUCAUCGUGUUUGAAACGGUUGGACCAUCACUGUUAAAGAUCUAUGCGUUCUGUAUUGGGGAUGAGGAAGAUGGGCAUGGUGCGAUUCAGGAACAGGACGGUGAUGGAGAAUAUCGGUGCGGUAAACGACUGUUGGAGGCAAGGAAAAGGCUGCGGCAGGCAAAGCGAAGGAAGGCUGGCACAGUCACACAUCCCUAUCAGCAGUCUCCAGAUUCAGGACUGCAUCAGUCCUCUGUGAUCAAUUAUGAGCAUGUUCAUCUUAGCGCGUGCAAUAAUGAGGGGGAAAGUAGCGGGCAUGCAAUGCGAUUUAUCAGUAACAAGGGCAUUGUUGCCUUUAAACAAGAGAGAGGAGCAGGUGCAUCUCUAGUCACAGAGACACAUAUUGACACAUUGCAGGGUGUCGGUGAUGACAAGGCAGAAUGUCGGCGAAGUAACAGGAAAAGGAGAGUUAAGAGCACUGUUGCAGCACUGUUCCAGAAGAAGAUGCGGGUGGAGAAGGAGAGGGAGGAAAACAAGGAUGAUGUGAAGGAACAUAAGGACAGAAAACUAGUUGAUCAGUACGUUACAUUGCGAAGGCCAAUAUUGCAAGAGGAGAGAAAAGCAGUGAUGGAAAAAGUGGAGGCAUUUGUUUCUGACUAUCCUACGUUUUCCUGCAAGAUGACACCUUCUGUGCUUCGGAAUUGGCUGCGCAUUCCGAAGGCAUUCAUGUCCCUAUUGCCUCAGGGAAGUGGGGAUGUGACAUUCAUUGGACCGAAUGGCUAUCGAUGCAAGCUUGGGUGGCUAUGGAGUCCCGACAAGCGCUGUGGAUUUAGUUCUGGCUGGCGACAGUUCAUCCGUGAUCAGGAAUUGCAAGACGGGGACUGGAUUGUGUUAGAGUUUCUGAAACAAACUGUGGUCAGAGUGAAUCUGUUUCCCAUUGUCUGUUCCUCGGAGACUUGUGCAGAGGGGGUGCCACUUGUGGAGACCUGGCAAGCUGUUCCAAGAGGCUACAGGAGUAAGGAUGCCGGUGGCCAUCCCUUAGUUGUACGCGGUGAUAAUGGCGACACAGCAGAGUCUGUCAUGGCAUCUGUUGGAAGGGGAUCAAGGGGCUGGGGUGCUGCCGAUGCACGUCCUGGAUGGGCAGCUGAUGGCGCACUGGAAGCAGACCCACGUUCAAGGGCACGCGAGCUGGAUGGAGGAAUGGCUGCAGAACAGGAUGUGAAAGGGAGAGGGAGGGGGAAGAAACAAAAGAGCAAUCAUAACUGGAAGAUCUCCAGCUCCAACGUUGGCAGUAAGGUGAGCAAAACUGAAAUACAGAAGAAUGUUGGUCCUUGCAAGGGUGGCAGGCGCCAAGGCAGAGAUGAGGGGGCAUCUGAUGUUGGAGGGAGUAGUUCUCAGAAGAGCCAGCAAUGGCGUGAUAUGGUGGAGGCAGGGAACUGGUGUGAAGAGUACAGAGAGGUGGAAGUCUCGCUUGGUCGGGCUGAGAACGAUAAGGCAAGGACAGGCAGAGGAGGAAAGUUCUCCAACUUGACUAUCCAAAGAAGUCAGAACGAGCUUGUUCUGCGCAUAGUCGGUACCAACUGCUUAACAGAUCAAAGCUCAGACGGGAUUGCAAAGGGCUGCACAAACCGAAGGCCAUGCGGGAAGGGGAAGUUGCAGGCCAGUCCUUGGACGGAAGAAAGAAUCCUGGUAGGUGACGGCAGGGCUUCUGGAAAGAAAAGUAGAGGGAAAGUCCGAGGUGCACGGGAGGAAUCCACGCGAUCUGUUGACGAGGGAGGGAGAAACAAAGUCAAUCAGGUUGUGAUGCAGGCUCAGCUUGUGGAGAACGAAUGGGUAGAGGACUCCAAGCAGAAUGGACUUGCAAGAGUGAAAAAUGAAGCAGCUGGUAGACGAGAACUGGACAACACUGCUCCAUCUGGUUUUGUGGAUGUGUCAAAUGCACGCUUUGGUCCCUCCGCGAUAGAUGGCAAGAACGACAAGAAGGACAAGAAGAGGAAGCGCAAGUGGAGAUUCUCGAGUCUAAAGACAAAGAGGCGGAGGAGUUUAUUGGAGAAAAUGGCAAAGAGUACCGACGAGGCAAGCUGUGGAAAUCAGGGAUUUGUGUUAGGUGGUCAAUCUGUUGAGGUAACCGAAAUUGCCGCGGAACAUGCUUCUGCAGGUGGGGAGAGCACAAGACUUGUUAGAGCAAAGAAAACAGACCAGAAGACAGAUGGACAAAGGAUAGCAAACAUGAGGAGGAGAGGUGGUGAGGAGUCCUUACCUGUGGAAGAGCGCUCUGUCUUGGGAACAGGUAUGCCGUCUCCUCAAGUGGUAGUGAAAAAGGAGAGAUGUCAGGGGGUGGUUUACGGAAGUGGAAGAAAACAGAUAACUGAAGGCAACAGUGACGGGAAUCUUCUCAUGUCAACAGCAGACAGAAGACCAAGAAGAGAUGCCAAGGAAAGGGAUGGCAGACCAAAGGACCAAAGAAAGCAAACCUAUGCUGAAGUGAGAGGUGGUGAGCAAGGACCCAGGGCCCCAAGGAAACACAACCACGUUGAGGAAAACAGCAGUGUUGGGAAAGCUGAAGGGAGGAGAUCAUUGGUGAGAGGGGCAGUUGAGGACCGGGGCAUCAGUGGUUAUCGGGACGGUUGGAUUGGGAACGGACAAGGAGACGACGAGGAAGGCGAGUACUUCAGCGUAGACCGUAUGCUGAAUGUAAACUGGGGAGCUGGAAAGGUCCUUGUAACCCUCACUGGCCUGUAUGUAUCAGGGGACAGUAGUAGGUACCAAUCAGGGGGAAUUUGGGUCCCUAAGGAGUGGCUCGCAACGGACUUCUCCAGAGUGUUUGUCCCUCAGAGCUGGCAGCUAAAAUCACAUGCAUCUGCAAUAAGGGGGUGGUGACUCCUCUCUUUCUGCCUAUCUUUUUUAGCUAUGAAAGGCGCCCGGGGGGAUGAGUUCUGGAAGCGGUCAUGGUCUUCCUCUGUGUUAUCAAGGUGUACAAGGCUUUUUCACCGGAAGCAUUGUGGCGACUUGACUGUUGAAAGGCAUUGCCCGCUGUCAUUUGCAGUGGUUUGCCAGCACACGACACUGGGGGUUUAUGGGGGUCCUGGGGGUCCUGCAUUUGACCCUUGACUUGCUGUGACGAACAGCUGUCCCUCACUGUAUGUUAUUCUUGGUGGAGCUGAUGGACCUUGUGUUUCAUGUCGGUGUGUGAUGCUCAUGGAUGGUUACUGUUUGUCCAUUUAGGAAUGGGCUUUUCUUCAAGGCUCGUGUGUCUGCGCUUGUGUGUGUGUGUGUGUUUCUGUGUGUGCGAUUUGUGCACAUGUAACUUUGUUCAUCAUGCUCAGUUUCCGAAGAAAGUUUGUGUGUGCCUGUACAUGAGGUGCGCUGAGUGCCAAUCAAACAGGGGUAUCCCUGAAUCACGUUUUUUGCUUGAAAGUUUAUUAACCAAAGCUGGAAUGCG